GCGGAUGUGUAAACAAACAUGGCAGCGGGCGAUGGCGGCGGCCGCGGGUGGCCCUGAGGCUCUGUGAGCGCCGGUGUCUGCCGGGGCUGCCGGUGGGCGGCUCCGCCUGCUCCUCGAGCAGGGGCUGCGGCGAGGCGGAUCGGGGCUGGCGGCACACAUGGAUGACAGCAAGGUGGUUGGAGGCAAGGUAAAGAAACCAGGCAAACGAGGUCGUAAACCAGCCAAAAUAGACUUGAAGGCAAAACUUGAAAGAAGUCGUCAGAGUGCAAGAGAGUGUAGAGCCAGGAAGAAGCUGAGGUACCAGUACCUGGAAGAGCUGGUUUCAAGCAGAGAGCGAGCCAUCUGUGCUCUCAGAGAAGAGCUUGAAAUGUACAAGCAGUGGUGCAUGGCCAUGGACCAAGGGAAAAUCCCCUCGGAAAUAAAAGCCCUGCUAACUGGAGAGGAGCAAGGCAAAGCACAGCAGAACUCAACCAAACUUGCCAAGGCUGCAAAGACAGAGGCAAACAGCAGCAAUCCCUGAGGCUGAUGCAGAACCUUCCACGCUGCAGCAGAGGUGGACUGGGAGCUGGCAGGAGGAAGAAUGCUGUUCUGAAGAGUGGAUGCAUCCCCAGGUGCAGGGGAAAGGAUCCCAGUCUGUUCUCUUCUCUUUGCUCCUCCCCACAUGAAAUUCUUUGAUUAUGGUGCUCCUAAGGCUUUGUGGGUGGGGCUUUUGGAGCAGCAGGUGUUGGUGUAAGUGGAGCCUUGUUCUUCCUUUCCCUACACUGCUCACUCCAAAUACAGCUAUGGCAGCUUUGGGGCAUUCCCAGCACAAGAGUGGGGCUGCUUUUACAUCAGAGCCCAGAAUUAGGCUGGCUUUGUGUUUGGUGGUUAUGUGGUUGUUAACUGUUGUGGGAGUGUGGGAGGUUCUGUAAAAGAAAACCAAGAGAAGGAUCUCGUAACAGCUUUGCUGAAGCCAAACCCGGUAUUGUAGGUUGAGGAGAAGGAGCUGGAUCAAAAAGUUUCAGUAAGAUUUAUAGCAAUGUCAUUUGUAACCUAAAUGCAGGUGUUGCUCUUGUCAUCCAUCUUUAAUGCAGCAUGUCUUUCUUGUGACUGAGAUUCUUAAAGAGAUAUUAGAUGCAUUUCCUGCUUGUCCUGGUUUAGGGUAAAUUUGGGAGGAAGCUUCCAAACAGGUCCCUCUAGAGAGCAGAUUCAAGCAACCCCUCCCCCAACUAGUUUGGGAAAAGAGUGCCUUGGAGAAAAGUGGAAAAAGUCUGUUUAUUUAACAAACAAAAUAUUCACAAGCAUUAAAAAAAUAAUAAUAUUAAACAAUAAAACCUCUCCCUGUUCUGAAGAGAUGGCAAAUUCAGAAAGUCCUUUUCAUGGGGUAUGGCUCGGCUCACUCGGCCUCUUCUCCUCCUGCACUGGAAAAUGCUGCAUCCUGGGCCCUGGUGGGCUACAGGCAUGAGCUCCUGGUGUUUUUCUGGGUUUUCAGUCCACAGCAGGACCAAUUAGUUCCAAGAAAAAGAAAUGCCACAGUGUGGGGAACUUCUCUGCCUCAGCUAGCUAAAGAAGCUGACUAAAGGCAAAGGAGAUCUCUGUCCUGCUGUCCAUGCUGCAGACAGCACAGUCUGUGAGAGACAAUGCAGGGGAGCAAGUGCAGUUUCUGCAAACAAGCUGUGCUCUGCUUCUCCUGCCCUUUGUUCUCAGAACCAGUCUUAAAGGUGCAGAACUUAAUAUCCAGCAUAAACAGAACAGACAACUGGGGCUACAAGCAUCAUAAAGUCACCCUAGGGCACCGCUUCUGCCCAUCCUUCUUCCAGCAGGUGCAUUUUCCACCCUCUGUGCUCCUGGGAAGACAGUCAAGGCAUAUCCCUGCAGCCUGCUUCCAGCAGGGGAACAGCUGCCAUUCCCUCUCACCCACUGUGCCCUGAUACCUUUCCAUAGCUGCCUACAUUUUGGGCCCUAGUACCUCUCUGGACAGCAACUUUAUGUGAAUUCUGCUAUGCUGUCCUGGUUUCCCAGCCAAAGAUAUUGCCAGGAACUGGUAGCAGGGAAAGCAAGUUGAAUGAGUUUGGUUUUGUAGUAAGAAAGGUGAUGGCAAAACUUUAGUGGGCUGAUGACCAAGACAUGUACUCAUCCCAGUUAUUGACAGAUAACCUGCCACUUUCCUCAGAAUGCUCUUUUUCCUGGAUACGCUUUUUGUAUUCAUAUGAUGCAAUGUGGAGAGUGGAGCUCCUGGGAUUUUCAGAGUGUGUUUGGCUUGCUUAUUCUGUUUUGUUUAUGACAGUGUCUUUCUCUGUAUUUUAUGAAAUGCAUGGAACAUUUUUUAAUCUUAUAUUUUCAGCAUUGUUUCAUAGAAUAAAUAUAUAAUGAAUGCCUUUGCUA